GCUUGUAGGCAGUACGAAGUAGGAGGCUCCUAAAAGUAACAGCUAGCCUACCGGACACAUAACAAGGAACCUGCGUGUAAAUCCAGCGUUACAGCAAAAAUGAACACCGAUUCGAUUGUAAUAGUUUCUGCUGCAAGGACUCCUAUAGGCUCAUUCAAUGGAGCCCUUAGUAGUGUACCUCUCCAUGAUCUGGGGACAGUAGUCAUUAAAAAUGUGCUGAAGAGAGCCAAUGUAAAGCCAGAAGAGAUCUCAGAAGUCAUCAUGGGACAUGUCCUCACUGCAGGUCAUGGGCAGAACCCUGCCCGGCAGGCAAGUGUUGGAGCUGGUAUCCCAUAUUCUGUGCCAGCAUGGAGCUGUCAGAUGGUGUGUGGCUCUGGGAUGAAGUCUGUUUGUCUCGGGGUUCAGUCCAUCAUGACAGGAGAAUCCACUAUAGUGGUAGCAGGAGGCAUGGAGAGCAUGAGCCGGGCUCCUCACAUAUUGCAGAUGAGGUCAGGGGUUAAAAUGGGAGACGCUACUCUCCAGGACUCUAUAUUGGUUGAUGGACUCACAGAUGCCUUUCACAAUUACCACAUGGGUAUCACAGCUGAGAAUGUGGCCAAGCAGUGGGGUGUGUCCCGGGAAGCUCAGGACCAGUUUGCUGUAACCUCACAGAACAGAACUGAAGCAGCUCAGAAGGCUGGCUAUUUUGACCAGGAGAUUGUGCCCAUUACUGUUCCCUCCAGGAAAGGUCCUGUUGAGGUGAAAGUUGAUGAGUUUCCUCGGCAUGGUAGUAAUAUUGAUGCCAUGUCCAAGCUGAAACCCUAUUUUGUGAAGGACGAUUCUGGUACAGUGACACCUGGCAAUGCUUCUGGGAUAAAUGAUGGAGCUGCAGCUACUGUUCUCAUGAGCCAAUCAGAGGCCCAGAGGCGGGGAUUAAAACCAAUGGCACGGAUCACGUCCUGGGCUCAGGCAGGCCUUGACCCUUCAGUCAUGGGCACAGGGCCAAUUCCAGCUAUUAGGAAAGCUGUUGAGAAAGCAGGAUGGAAGCUGGAUGAGGUGGAUCUAUUCGAGAUAAAUGAAGCUUUUGCAGCUCAGUCUGUUGCAGUGGUGCAAGAACUCAACCUGAACCAUGAGAAGGUAAAUGUGUGUGGAGGGGCUAUCUCUCUUGGACAUCCUCUUGGUAUGUCUGGCUGCAGAGUGUUGGUGACCCUGCUCUAUGCACUUCAGAGGACAGGGGGACGGAAAGGGGUUGCUUCACUAUGUAUAGGUGGUGGAAUGGGGAUUGCAAUGUGUAUAGAAAGAGACUAAGGUUGGGCUACUGCUGAUGUAGACAUAUUUUACUGCACUGCGACAGGUGUUUAAAAAUGUAACAGGCUCUUAUAACACUAAAGAAAUUACAUACUCAAGUCGGAACUUGUAUUCACUGUAAAUAUAGGGAAGAGUAGUAUAACAAACCCAAAUUAUGCAAAGGACUUACAAAUGCACUUAUAUCAUGAAAUAAUUUCCUAUCAUAUCUUAUCUCAUAUACAGUGUAUCUGAUGUAUUUUUUGGGAAAAACACUAAUGUGUUCCCUUUAGACUUUAAUGAUUUUUGGUACGAAGAUGAUUUAUUGAAAGUCUUAAGACAUUCCUUUCCCUCUUGUUCAUUGUUGAUGGUUGCUGAGCUAAUUCUAUCUUUUAUUGGGAUUAAAUCUGUGCCUGCCUGCAUUUCAAUGAGAAUCUGAUUGGAUUAUAAACUGUUGUCUUUGUGUUCCAUCUGUUAAAGGUACACUCAGUCAUUUUUUUAAUUAUGUUGACGUGGCAUUGGCUUACACUGACACCUAGUGGCCUGGAUGCUCCAUCAUUCAACAGUGGUUUAAGAGUUACCAAUGCCAUUGUAGAAAUUCACUAUGCACAGUAAACCAGCAUUCAUUUAAUCCAUGAAUGAAAGUGUCCAAUAACAUGGCAGUUACUGAGAUUAAUUGAGUAAUAUUUAUCUGUUCAUGUGAUGCUAACAUGGCUGCCCCAUGAGGCACGCCUACUCCAUGUAGAAUAAAAGAGCUUUUAUCUGUUUACUUAUAUGACUGAACUCUUCAUAUCACAUGAGUGGGCAUGGUUUUAUACAUAUGUUUCAAAAUUACUAUUCAUUUCUUAUUCAAAACUUUUUUUAAUAAGGAAAAAAAUACUGAGUGAACCUUUGAAUUAAGAGAAUCUGGUUACAGCUAAAUGGAAUAUGACUUAGUAUUAAGAAUUGAACCUGUCUACUGUGCAAUAGAUAACUGCCUUAGAUAAUGACACAUGUGCCAAAAAGCUUAAUUAACCUCUAUCCUCUGCUUCCCAUAGACAGCCUUUAAAUACGAGUCCUGUUCUUUAAUACUAUCUCCCAAUUAUAAUUUAUACCUUAGGGGAAAAAGCUAUUUACAUAUUAAGACCGUACUGUAUUCCUGCUUAAUAAAGAAGUUAA